UGAUUACGCACAACGUUUGUUGUUGUUGCUGGUGGCCGGUGGGUAGGGAAAGAUGGCGUCUCACUGGGUCAGCGAUAACGUGGUGGUGGAGUUCCGAGACUCCCAGGCAACAGCGAUGUCGGUGGAUUGUCAGGGUCAACUCGCAGUGCUUUCUGGACGCCGUUUCCUGUACAUUGUGAACUUGGAGACUCCCAAUGAUGGCCCCAGGAAGAUAGCAAGGCAAAGCAAGUGGGACAUCGGCACAGUGCAGUGGAAUCCCCAUGAGAGCUACGCUCACUUUUUUGCUGCUUCUAGUAACCAGCGAGUAGACCUGUAUCAGUGGAGGGACAAUUGUGGAGACAUCGCCACCUCCUUGCAGGGACACACACGAGUCAUCAGUGACCUGGACUGGUCCGUGUAUGAGCCUGACCUACUGGUCACCAGCUCUAUCGACACCUAUAUUUACAUCUGGGAUGUCAAAGACACAAGGAAACCAGCAGUCUCCUUGUCUGCAGUAGCUGGUGCCUCACAGGUUAAAUGGAACAAAAAGAACACAAAUUGUCUCGCCACAAGUCACGACGGGGAUGUGAGGAUCUGGGAUCGGAGGAAACCCAGCACUGCAGUGGAGUACAUCGCCGCCCACUUAUAUAAGAUCCAUGGACUAGACUGGCAUCCAGACAAUGAAUAUGUCCUAGCGACUUCAAGCCAAGACAACUCUGUGAAGUUCUGGGAUUCACGGCAGCCCCGUAAAUGUCUUAGUGUCCUAGCAUGUCAAGUGCCCGUGUGGAAAGCACGUUACACUCCCUUCAACAAUGGCCUGGUCACAGUCAUGGUCCCCCAGCUCCGCAGAGAGAAUAGUCUUCUGCUCUGGAAUGUCUAUGAUCUUCAUUCCCCUGUGCACAUCUUUGUAGGACAUGACGAUGUAGUGCUUGAGUUUCAGUGGAGAAAGCAGAAAGAAGGGCUAAAAGAUUGCCAGUUGGUGACUUGGUCACGGGACCAGACCUUGCGAAUGUGGAGAGUGGAUGCUCAGCUUCAGAGACUGUGUGCCAAUGAUAUCGUGGAGCCAGGGGAUGAAUUAAUAGACGGAAUACCCUUGAUGCCAGAGCAAGAAAAGACUCUACAACCUCAAGAGCAAAUAUCUGUUCCCUCAGAAGAAGAGGUGGCUUUUGAUGAGGAGUCUCCUUCAACGCCGAUAGUGAUGGGUAAUUCAGAGCAGCCCGGGCUCCCUCAAACACUUCAGCAAGAAUUCUCCUUGAUUAAUGUACAUAUCCGCAAUGUUAACAUUGAGAUGGAUGCUAUGAACCGGAGCUGCACUGUGUCUGUCCAUUGUGGUAACCACAGGGUACGCAUGGUUGUCAUGUUUCCUGUCCAGUAUCCCAAUAAUGCAGCUCCAUCCUUCCAGUUUGUCACUCCUACAACAAUCACCUCUGCCAUGAAAAUGAAGUUGCUGAAAAUAUUAAGGGACACUUCGUUGCAAAAAGUAAAGCGGAAUCAAAGCUGCCUGGAGCCAUGUCUGCGCCAGCUGGUCUCCUGCUUGGAGAGCUUUGUUAACCAGGAAUCUAGUCCAUCAAGUAAUCUCUACACCUUGCAAAGCCCUGUCACUCCACCACUGCCAACAUUUGCCCGGGUAACCAAUGCUUAUGGGUCUUACCAAGAUGCCAACAUUCCAUUUCCCCGAACUUCUGGUGCUCGCUUCUGUGGCGCAGGUUAUUUGGUUUACUUCACACGGCCCAUGACUAUGCACAGAGCCAUCUCCCCCACAGAGCCCACCCCAAGAUCUCUCUCUGCCCUAUCUGCCUAUCAUAGCGGGGUAAUCGCACCCAUGAAAAUCCGUACAGAGGCUCAAGGGAACCUGCGACUUUACAGCGGGAGUCCGACACGUAGUGAGAAGGAACAAGUGUCAAUCAGUUCAUUUUAUUACAAGGAAAGGAAAUCCCGAAGAUGGAAAUCCAAAAGAGAGAGCAGUGACUCCAGCUCUAGGCCAAUCAAAGCAGCUGGAAAAGUCAUCAUUCAGGACAUCUCAUGUUUACUGUCUGUGCACAAGGCUCUGGGUGAAAUGUACAUAUUAAACCGUGGUGAUCUCCAGGAAAUGUGUCAGAAGAAUGCUGCUUCUGCCCUCAUUGUGGGCCGCAGGGAUCUGGUGCAGGUUUGGAAUCUGGCUGCUGCUGCUAAUGACUUAUGUCUUACACCUAAGUCUGACCCUGAUACUGAGACCCCUUGGGCUCGUCACCCAUUUGGCCGCCAGCUGCUGGAAUCAUUGUAUGUACCCUGUCUCUUCUCUUUUGUCUCACAGUUAUGGCUGUGUUUUUUCUUUUUUGUUAAAUUUUUUUCACUUUUUUUUUUUAGAUUGGCCCAUUUUUGCCAUUUACACGAUGUUCAGACCCUAGCCAUGCUGUGUAGUGUGUUUGAUGCCAGCCUGCAGCCACAAAGCAAUGGACUGUCCUCGUGCCACCCGUUUUCUUCACGUUCCACCCACAGCCGUUAUCCAAGCUUUACAUCCUCUGGCUCUGGAUCCAGUAUAUCUGACCCUGGUUUCAUCAACAGUGGUUGGAGUAUAGGUGGUCAAGAUGGAGAUCAUUGCGUUCCCUGGGGUGAUGCUUCACCUGAUGAAUACCGCUACAGUAAUUUAAGUUACGUUGAUCCCCGGGAACGUGAGAGAGAGCAGCAUGACAAGAACAAGAGAAUUCUGGAUCCAGCUAAUGCUCAGCAGUUUGAUGACUUUAAGAAGUGUUAUGGAGAGAUUCUUUAUCGCUGGGGUCUUCAAGAGAAACGAGCAGAAGUUCUGAAAUUUGUCUCAUGUCCUCCUGAGCCUCAUCGGGGUAUCGAAUUUGGAGUAUAUUGCAGCCACUGUCGCAGCGAGGUGCGGGGAACACAAUGUGCAAUUUGUAAGGGAUUCACAUUUCAAUGUGCUAUUUGUCAUGUAGCUGUGCGGGGCUCUUCCAACUUCUGCUUGAGUUGUGGACAUGGUGGCCACACUGCACACAUGCUGGAAUGGUUUAGCUCACAAGAGGUCUGUCCCACCGGCUGCGGUUGCCACUGCCUUUUAGAAAGCACCUUCUAAUAUAUCUUCCACUGGGAUGAAUCAUCAUAGGCAGCUCCUUGUCAAACUUCAUCAUAGUGACACGAAGAACUGCCCACCGUUGUAAGAUCUAUUUACAGUGGACAUGUGUAUUACCUCUUCACAUCAUCUACAAGGCCUUCAUCUUAGGACAUUAUCACAAUGGAAACUGCUUGCUGGAAACCAUCAUUUCAGGAGUCUUCACAAUUGUGACAUUUGCCUUCACUCCGAUGGAGGCUGCCAUCUUGGAGCAAUUUUACAAUUUUGGUUUUGUCAGUGAAAAGAAUCUCUUAAAGUGGAACUGUCAGAUACAAAAACAGUACUGCAGUACAUCUUGGCAAAACAUUUAUCUUUAUAAUAUACUUCAUAAGAAAAUUUUAUUUCCUUUUUCUAGAAAUCAUGGCUUAUAAA